AUGAAGACCUCGACCGCCUUCGUCGUCUCGCUCGGCCUCGCUUGCCUCCCGCUUGCCCUGGCUCACGCCCACUCGCCGAACUCGCAUCUCAAGCGCAACCUCAAGCGCAGCCCGCAGUAUUACGGCUCGGGUAGUGCCUACGGCGGCGCUAUGGGCGGCAUGGGCGCAAUGAGCGAGAUGGGCGGGAUGGGUGGCAGCGCGAUGUUUGAGCAGGCCUCAGCGUCCGACAGCAUGGGCGUGGGUAUGGGUAUGAGCGCCUCGCUCGGCAUAUCCAGCAUGAGCCAGAUGCCUACGCCGACCGACUCGACCAUGGGCGCUGCCAACUCCGCGAUGGCGACGAUUCAAGGCGCGAUGGGCUCGAUGGGUCCUUCGCUCGACAUGUGUGUCCAGCAGUGCAUGGCCUCGAACGGCUUGUCGUGGCCUUCGGGCGCCGCCAGCGCCGCUCUUCCCGCGCUCACCGGCACGCCCUCCAUGAUGGCGCCGAUGCCUUCCGGCGCCGGCACGAUGGUCAACGGCUCGCUCGUCGGUGGUCCUGGUCAAGUCGUCGUUGCGCCCAAGAAGGGAGACUUGCGCUUCGUCCCGUUCAACACGGUCGCGAGUCCCGGCCAGACCAUCGAGUUCAUUUGGGGUGCCGGGCCUCACACCGUCACGCAGUCGUCGCAGCUCAGCAUCUGCAACGCGACGCAGCAAACUGGCGCGUUCAAGAGCGGCAUGCAGCAGGCCGGCUUCCAGAUGCCGCUCACCGUCAACGACUCGUCAACCAUCUUCUACUACUGCGCCGUCCCGAACCACUGCCAGAAGGGAAUGUUCGGCUUGAUCAACGGCCAAGUCUCGCUCGACGGCAAGAACACGUUCGGCGAGUACAUGAACGGCUGGGCCAAGGCGAGUCAGGAGAACCAGGCCCUCCUCGACAUCACGAUCCAGAUCACCUCCGGCAACAGCGCCGCCGCUAACUGGGGCGAGUCGCUUUCGACCGCGCAAUUCGAGUCGUGGGCGCUCCCGUGGGCCAUGCAGCAAAUCAUGUACACCCGCCAGUACUUCGCCGAGAACCCUCAGCUCCUCGCCGCGACCAACGGUAAUGCGACUUCGACUUCGACGUCGGCCGUCUCGAACGCCGGCUCACCCGCCUCGACUGGCAGCGCUGCGUCCGCCUCGGCCACCGCGUCGAUGAGCAGCGGCGCCGCGUCGUCGUCGAAGACCGCCGGGUCGCUCGCUCUCAUUGCCGGCGUCGCUCUCGCCCUCCUCGCCUAG